AUGGCAGCAAAAGCCGGUACAGAAUUAGCUACUUUUGGUGCAGGUUGUUUUUGGGGUACAGAGAAAUUUUUUCGUAAACAAUUCGGAGCUAAUUUAAUAUCAGCUCUCGUUGGUUAUAUGGGUGGUGCUUCAAACGCUACUUAUCAAGAUGUAUGUACUGGUACGACGAACCAUGCUGAAGUUCUACAACUCUCUUAUGAACCAAACAAAGUAGCAUACGCUGAUUUAGUUCGCUUUUUCUUUCGUAUGCAUGACCCAACAUCUCUAAAUCGGCAAGGAAAUGAUCGUGGUACUCAAUAUCGUUCUGUUAUCUUCACUCAUACCAAUGAACAGCAGAAAAUUGCCGAACAAAUACGCGAUGAAGUACAAGCUAGUGGUAAAGUCAAGGGGGAAAUUGUGACACAAAUACAACCAGCUACUGGCCUUCAAUUCUUUACAGGUGAACCUUAUCAUCAAAGAUAUCUUGAAAACAACCCUGAUGGUUACUGCAAUCAUAGAUUAUACUUCUGA